UCCGCCGCCGCACGGCCGCGCUGGGAGCCGCCGCAACGCCGGGAGCCUGCCGCGGCGCAGCGCAGCGCCGUCGGCUGCGGAGAGUUAUCGGCCGGGAAAGAGCCGCUUGUUCACCAUGAAGCCCCCGAAAGUGGUGCCGUGGCGGCGACUGUUCGGUGUCUCCUUUGGGAUGUACACAGCCGAGGAGAUCAGGAAGCUGAGUGUAAAACAGAUCACCAAUGCUCAGUACUUGGACAGUGUGGGGAAUCCAGCUGCUAACGGCCUCUAUGACUUGGCUUUGGGCCCUCCGCACUCCAGGGAAGUGUGUGCAACCUGCAUGCAGAACUUCAGCAACUGCCCUGGGCAUUUUGGCCACAUAGAACUGCCUCUGACUGUCUACAAUCCUCUGUUCUUUGAUAAACUGUACCUUCUGAUCCGAGGCUCUUGUUUGAACUGCCACAUGCUGACCUGUACUCGAGCUGUGGUUCACCUCCUGCUGAGCCAGCUGAAGGUUCUGGAGAAGGGCUUGCUUCACGCUGUCCAUGAUCUAGAAGUCGUUCUGAACAGGUUUUUAGAGCAAUGUGCAGAUGCAACAAGCUCGGAAAUUGAAGAGGAGUUAAAUCACCACGUUCAAGAAAUCUUGGAGAGCCAUCAGCUGAGGGAGCAGUGCUCAAAUGUCAAAAAUGUUUGUGAGUGUAGGAAUAAACUGAUAGCAGAGUUCUGGAAAACACACAUGAGUUCAAAGAAAUGCCCCCACUGCAAGUCCAGGAGGUCCUUGGUGCGGAAGGAGCAUAACAGCAAGCUGACUGUGACCUACCCCUCAGCAGUGUACUCCCAGGCAGGGGAGAAAGGCCUGGAUGAGCCUGCAGCUCUUGAUGACAGCCAGCUAGGGAAGAGAGGGUACCUGACACCCAUCACUGCCAAGCAAUACAUUGUGGCUCUGUGGAAGAAUGAAGGUUUCUUUUUGUGUUAUCUCUUCCCUGGGAUGGAUCCCCAGAAGAAUUCAGCAUUCACUCCAGACAUGUUUUUUUUAGAUCUGCUUGUGGUUCCACCUUCAAGGUACCGCCCUGUGAACCGCCUGGGGGAGCGGCUCUUCACCAACGGCCAGACUGUCAACCUUCUGGCGGUGCUGAAGGAGGCCAAGCUGAUACAGAAGCUGCUGCUCUUCAUGGCUAAAGAGCAGUGCCAGCCACUGAAACUCCCAGAGGAAGUGCAGACAGAGGCAGGAGAGAAGGAUGAAGCUCUGGACCGUUCCAUCCUGACAGCGAUUCCAGGGCAGAGCCUUGCAGAUAAGCUGUACAACACCUGGAUUCGUCUUCAGAGCUAUGUCAACAUUGUAUUCGACAGCGACAUGGACAGACUGGCGACAGAGAAGUAUCCUGGCAUUCGUCAGCUGCUGGAGAAGAAGGAAGGGCUGUUCCGCAAGCACAUGAUGGGCAAGCGCGUGGACUUCGCUGCCCGCUCCGUCAUCUGCCCCGACAUGUACAUUGGCACCAACGAGAUUGGCAUCCCUAUGGUAUUUGCUACCAAACUGACUUACCCCCAGCCAGUCACCCCCUGGAAUGUCAAAGAGCUGAGGCAGGCUGUCAUCAACGGCCCCAAGGCUCACCCUGGGGCCUCCAUGGUCAUCAAUGAAGAUGGAUCUCGUACAGUGCUGAGCGCAACCAGCCUGACCCAGAGGGAAGCCAUAGCUAAGCAGCUCCUCACUCCUUCCUCAGGUGCUCCCCAGUCAGGCCUGAAGAUUGUGUGUCGCCACAUCCGGAACGGGGACGUGCUGCUGCUGAACCGGCAGCCCACCCUGCACAGGCCUUCCAUCCAGGCCCACCGCGCCCGCAUCCUGCCUGGGGAGAAGGUGCUGAGGCUGCACUAUGCCAACUGCAAGGCCUACAACGCUGACUUCGACGGUGACGAGAUGAAUGCCCACUUCCCACAAAGUGAGCUGGGCAGAGCAGAAGCCUACACCUUGGCCUUCACCGAUGAGCAGUAUCUGGUGCCAAAGGAUGGGAAGCCACUUCCUGGCUUGAUUCAGGACCACAUGAUUUCUGGGGUCAGCAUGACUAUCCGGGGCUGCUGCUUCACCAGGGAGCAGUACAUGGAGCUGGUUUACAGAGGACUGACAGACAAGACAGGAAGAAUCAAGACCUUUCCUCCAGCAAUCUUGAAACCACAGCGCUUAUGGACAGGCAAGCAGGUUGUUUCUACAUUGUUAAUAAACAUCAUUCCAGAAAACCACGUCCCACUGAAUUUAACUGGAAAAGCAAAGAUUGGGGGAAGAGCUUGGGUAAAGGGACUUGCAACCAGGUGUCUGAAUCUGGACUCCAUGUGUGAAUCUCAGGUAGUUAUUAGAAAUGGGGAGUUGCUGUGCGGAGUCUUGGACAAAGCUCACUUUGGCAGCUCUGCCUAUGGCCUGGUCCACUGCUGCUAUGAACUGUACGGGGGCGCCACCAGUGGGAAAGUGCUGACCUGCCUGGGCAGGCUUUUCACUGCCUACCUGCAGCUCUACAGGGGCUUUACAAUGGGGAUUGAAGAUAUCUUGGUUCAGCCUGAAGCAGAUGAGAAAAGACAAAAAAUCAUUGAGAGGUCACGGCAGGGCGGGGUUAGGGCUGUUAGAGCUGCUCUUAAUUUGCCAGAAACAGCAUCGUGCGAGGAGGUGCAGGGGAAGUGGCAGGAUGCCCAUCUCUGCAAAGACCAGAGGGACUUCAACAUGGUUGAUCUGAAGUUCAAGGAGGAAGUGAACAAUUACAACAAUGAAGUUAACAAGGUUUGCAUGCCACAUGGUCUCCACAGGAGGUUUCCAGAGAACAAUUUGCAGCUGAUGGUGCAGUCGGGAGCCAAAGGAUCCACUGUGAACACAAUGCAGAUCUCUUGUUUGCUGGGCCAGAUCGAGUUGGAAGGCCGCAGACCCCCGCUGAUGGCAUCUGGCAAAUCGCUACCCUGCUUCCAGCCCUAUGAUUUCUCCCCUAGCUCAGGAGGGUUUGUGACUGGCAGAUUCCUCACUGGCAUCAAACCUUCUGAAUUCUUCUUCCACUGCAUGGCUGGCAGAGAAGGUCUUGUGGAUACAGCUGUCAAAACCAGCCGGUCUGGCUACCUGCAGAGGUGUAUCAUCAAGCAUUUGGAAGGACUGGUGGUUCAAUAUGACCUGACUGUGCGAGACAGUGAUGGCAGCGUGGUGCAGUUUCUGUAUGGAGAGGAUGGGCUUGACAUCCCUAAAACCCAAUUCCUGCAGCCUGAACAGUUCCCCUUCAUUGCAGACAACUAUGAGGUAAUCCAGAAGGCAAACCGUCUGGAUGAAGCUUUGGCAAGGAUGGAGUCUCACCAUGCCAACCAGCAGUUCAAAGCCAUCAAAAAGUGGCAAGCCAGGCACCAAAGCUCUGUGCAAAGAGAAGGAGGCUUCCUCAUGUUUUCGCAGAAGAAGCUGGCAGGUGUGAAAGCACAGACUGCAGGAGGGGAGAUCAGGAAUGGGAGAGACCCAGCGACCUUACAGGUACUGCAGAUGUGGUAUGACCUGGAUGAGAAGAAGCGAAGGAAGUACCUGAAGAAGGCAGCCAAGUGUCCUGAUCCCAGCCUCGGGGUUUGGCGUCCAGACACUCACUUUGCAUCUGUGUCAGAGACCUUUGAGAAGGGAGUUGCAGAUUACAUCAGCAAGUGGGAAUCUGAGAGCAGACGAAGCUGUGUGCACCCAGCACUGCCUGCAGACAGGUUGAAGGACUUGCUGUAUUUGAAGUGGCAGCGAUCUCUUUGUGACCCAGGAGAAGCUGUGGGGCUUCUUGCAGCUCAGAGUAUUGGGGAGCCUUCCACACAGAUGACUCUGAACACCUUUCAUUUUGCUGGCAGAGGUGAAAUGAAUGUCACAUUGGGUAUCCCAAGGCUGAGGGAAAUACUGCUGGUGGCUGGGGCCAAUAUCAAAACACCAACCAUGAGUGUGCCGGUAUUCAAUACCAAGAAAGCUCUCAAGAAGGUGAAGCAGCUCAAGAAACAGCUCACCAGGGUGUGCUUAGCUGAGGUCUUGCAGAAAGUGGAGAUCGAGGAAUCGCUGCGCGUGAAGUGCAAGCAGAACAGACAUCGGCUCUGCAAAGUCAGGUUCCAGUUCCUGCCCCAUGAGCACUACCGGGAGGAGAAGUGUGUGAAGCCCAGACAGAUCUUGCACUUCAUGGAGACGAGGUUCUUUAAAUUGUUUCUGGAGGCAAUUAAAAAGAAGAGUGCAAAGAUGGAAUCUUUUACUGCAGUCAGUGCUCGGAAGGCAAUUCACAAAGACCUAGACAGUGACCAAGACAAGGUACAGAACGAUCAGGAAGCUGCAGCAGAGGAAGAGGAGAACAUUGUUGAUGCAGAAGCUGAUGAAGGGGAUGGUGAUGCUACAGAAGCCAAACAGAGGAAGAAGCAGGAAGAGGAGGUGGAUUAUGAGAGUGAUGAAGAGAAGGGAGAAGAAAACAGGGAUGAGAACCUGGAAGAUGAAGAUGCUGACUCAGAAAAAGAAGAGGAGCCUCCUGGUUCUGAAGAUCAGAAUGGAGCAGCUGAUGAGUCUCAGCACCUGUCCUUUGUGUCUCAGACUAAAAGAGAGAGAAGCCACUUAGCUCAGUCUGCACAGCUGCGAGUGAAUGCUGUUUUGGACAGCCACCCAUCCAUACAGGACUACAGCUUUGACACUGAGAAUGAGCUGUGGUGUGAGGUGUCGCUGGCAUUGCCGCUGCUGAAGGUGUACUUUGACCUGAGCUCACUGCUGCUGUCCCUGGCGCGCAGCGCGGUCAUCCACGAGGUGAAGGGCAUCACCCGCUGCCUGCUCAACGAGGGCACCACCCCGGACGGAGGGAAGGAGCUCCUUCUUCACACAGAGGGCAUAAACCUGGCAGAGCUCUUCAGAUACUCUGAUAUUCUAGACCUGAACAGACUCUACUGCAAUGACAUCCACGCCAUGGCUAAGAACUAUGGGAUCGAGUCUGCCCUGAGAGUGAUUGUAAAGGAAAUAAAAGAUGUGUUUGCUGUAUAUGGCAUCGUGGUGGAUCCUCGGCAUCUCUCCCUGGUGGCAGACUACAUGUGCUUUGAAGGCUUCUAUAAAGCACUCAACCGCAUUGGCAUCCAGUCUAACUCCUCCCCUCUGCAACAGAUGACAUUUGAAACCAGCUACAAAUUCCUGAAGGAGGCAACAAUGAUGGGUGCCCAUGAUGAGCUGAGAUCCCCUUCUGCUUGCCUGGUGGUUGGAAAAGUUGUUAAGGGAGGCACUGGCUUGUUUGACCUGAAGCAGCCUCUGAGGUAGAGCUUUGGCUGUAACUGCAGGGCUCUGGCUGCAGUGUUCACCAUGGAAGGUGCCUGUGCUCUGCAGGGGCACACACUAUGUCCUCUGGCACCUUCCCUCAGCCCAGCAGCUUUGUUAACCUGCAUACUUGGUAAGCCUCACGGAUUGGAGAGACUGCCUGCACCUGUAGGAGCUGUGCAGCAUUUAUUUACUGUUCAUUAAGGUAAAAAAAGAGAAUUUCUUAUUUCCCCAGGAAAGAAUAAGAUGGAGGAGACUGUCUGGGGCUCAGACAGUCUGUGCAGCAGCUGUGGCAGGCAGAAAUCAAAGCACCAUCUGUGCAGUCUGAUCUUUGCAGGGCAAAUCCUACUUAGCUGGGCAGUGCCAGCUGCCACACACCUGUUAGAGGACAAACAUCCUGUGGUCAGCUGGCACUCGGAGCCCAGGGCUGGGCUGCACUUCUGCCUUGAAGUGUCAGUGCUUGAGGCACAGCUGCCCCUGCACUUGGGCACACUGAGCUCCAUGCAUCUGUACUGCUGUGCCACUGGUAACAGUGAUGCAUCUCUGCCACUGCUGGUGCGUUUCUUCAUCAGCCAAGACUGGAGUUCAGAGCUUCCCUGGUUUCUUCAGGCACUUUGCAGUGUCUGUGGGACAGAUCUCUUCAGGAUCACAAACCUGAUAUUCGAUAACUGCUCCUGAAGUGGCAACAUCAGGAGAGUGGCUGCACAAGAGACUGCUGCUGCCAUUGCUGAAACAGAGGUGUCCAGCUGCUCUUGCUUACCUGGGCUGUAUCAAAGAGGAUAUUUAAUAAAAGACAUUGCAGAGAGGU